AUGUCCUCGUUGUCUCCGAACUGCUAUCUCCUAAUGGCGACCAUCUCGGGGUCUUUCGCACUCAAUCUAUCGGUGGAUACAUUCCAAUUCAUGACACCGUUGUUCGGGUUCCUCCGAGGACUCGGCUAUUCUGACGAGCAAGCAUCAUCUGUGGCGUUUAGCAAUAGCAAUGGCAGCGCCCGCGAAACCCGCAAGAAAGACGAGGGCUUCGAACUGUUUGGAUUCCUUUCCGGAUCGAGUGAAUAUUCGGUGCCUUCGGUGCCAACUUACAUCGGGAACUUGCUUGCUCGACGCAUCUACAGGAGCAGCGACGCAGAUCAUGACAUCGUAUUGAUCUUACGAGGUGUAGCUAUUUGUACCAUCUACGGUAGUUCCCGUGUCAUAAAGGUACUUUCAACCAUCCUUGUCCGUGACCCUGGUCCGUUAGCACCUCUUCUGUUCGCGCGCAUUGUCGCGGAUCUCAAGACUAAUUACGGAUGUGUCCAUGUCGAAUUGCUCCUUCCCACUUGCCCCUGUACCUUGUUCUUGUUCUUGCUUGCCGUGUUCCAACCAUGCCCGUAUCAUCCGCGAUUACAGACUUCUCUGUCACACGACGUACUCCCUGGCCUCGGCCAUGGUGCUUUAGCAGUUCUUUCCCAAACGUGA